CUUUCUCUUCUUCCCUCUUCUUCUACAAAUUGAUCCUUAGCCACCCAUCAAGAACAAAACAGCAACGUCAACAUUUACACCAUCUCUUAAUCUCACCAAACGCAAUCAAGAAUUGCAUCGUUCGGCCCCCGCCAACCACAUACAGAGCACUACUUCUUAGGAUCUCUACAGUUUAGCGAGGCCACUAGUACAGUCGUCUGUCGCUUCACCGAGUUCUUCAUCUCCAAACCCUUUUCCCCAAGUUACCCCGUAAACUCGAGUUUAUGUCAAUCGAAAACCUCAAGACCUAUGACCCCUUCGCCGAAGCCGAUGAGGAUACAGGUGAUACCAAGCAGUCCCAGAACUAUAUCCAUAUCCGCAUUCAACAGCGGAAUGGACGUAAAACCUUGACCACUGUGCAAGGUCUUCCGAAGAAGUUCGACCAGAAGAAAAUCCUGAAGGUCAUCAAGAAGAAAUUCGCAUGCAAUGGCACCAUCGUGAACGAUACUGAGAUGGGCGAGGUCAUCCAGUUGCAGGGCGACCAGCGCAAGGAUGUACAGGAGUUCCUCGUUGACAAGAAAGAGGGUCUAGAGCUUGAUCCGAAGACCAUUAAGGUCCACGGUUUCUAAGCCGGUCAUGUCCGCCAACCUUCCGUAACUCCCAAUUAUCGAUCGCGAGUUGCGCAACCAGAUGGUCAGCCCUAUUUAGGUCAAAAUCCCUGGCCGUUAUGCGGUGGUCUUGAUAGCUAUCCGCUACUCGUGCCGAGGGCUGCACUAUUGGUCGAGGCGUUUGCGGAAUGGUUAGGACAUGAUACCCCUUGUUAACUUCAAAGAAGCUCCUGGCUUUUGGUAUUGCUAGGGCUAGGCUGAGGCCAGCCCGAGGAACGUAUUAUUGAAUGCUUUUAUGGAGGCGUGGUAUUGCGGAUGGCCUGGACUUGCAGGACACUCUCGUUCCCUGUUCUGCGAUAAUGUUAUUAUCUAUUAAUCAGAACUAUCUCCAGAA